GGGGGAAUUUUUUUUUGGGCCUUGCGGCUAGUAUCGAUAACGCCUCAUCCUACCCAAAUGACACGACUCAGAAAGGAUGAGGCAGCAGCAGCAUUGACGACUGAAAAUCUCCGAGAUUUUUCAGCAGAUUGUUCGGUUCAUCUCCAGACUCGUUGCAAUAACCUAUCACCGCCCUACCCUACCCAACCAGUCUGGCCCUGGACUCGAACGUUCAGCUCUGCCAAUCAAGCAGCGCCCGGCGCCCGAGCUCCCCAUCCUAUCCUCGGUACAUAGGUACAUACCCCCUACAACCUCGUGCGAAGUAGUAUUAGUAUUAGUAAUGCGCC